AUGCCUAUUUCUGAAGUGCUUCUGGAGCUGGUCAUCAUUCACAAUGCUCUAAACCUUAUUCAGAGUUCCGAAAUUAUCAUGUCGGAUGACACAUCAAAUUUUGCCAGCAAUCCUGAGCACAUGCACAAUCCCAGAAAAUGUGUUUUGCGCUCAAGUCUCCUUGGUAUUGCGACAAUGUUCGAGCUUCUGGCAACUGUUGUAGACUAG